GAGGGCAGGCCAGGUUUUAAAGUUUGAACCUUGCAGAAGUGCCACUUGGAGAAGGAAACUAGGACUUUAUUUACCUUUUUAUGCUCUACUGUUUGUACUUAAAAGCGUUAUUUCUUUUGCUUCCUCGUAGUUAAAUACUAAUUACUUACUAAUUAAGUGCUAAGCACAGUGAGAGAGAGGGAGAGAGAAAGAGAGAGAGAGAGAGAGAGAGAGAGGGAGAGAGAAAGAGAGAGAGAGAGAGAGAGAGAGAGGGAGAGAGAAAGAGAGAGGAAGAAGAUAAAAAGCUGGGAAAAAGUUGAGAGGUGGAGGAGAAAAGCCACUGAAGAAUGAAACUCUGCACCACCAGCAGAGUCGGAGCACAACUUCAUCAUCACCAGCUUUGGCUUUCACUUACUGCUUCUGCUUGUAACAGUCAAAUUCAGUCAAGAUGGGAAACUGUGGGACGAGGGAGGAAUCAGCUGUGGUAACGAAUGCUCAAGUUCAGCAGCUAAGCACUCUGUCUUCGUCAGUGAAGAACGGCGAGAAGAAGCAAACUCACAGCCGUUCUAUUUCAGAUCUGAGCGAUCCUUCAACCCCACGCAACUUCGAGGACGCGCGGAAGAAUGCGGUGCUGUACACGCACGUCAUCGCCUUCACCCUCUUCGAGCUCGAGACCAUCACCAAGAGCUUCCGCUCCGACUACAUUUUGGGGGAAGGUGGGUUCGGGACUGUUUACAAAGGCUACAUUGACGAGAAUGUGAGGGUUGGGCUCAAGUCUCUGCCGGUGGCCGUCAAGGUCCUCAACAAGGAGGGCCUUCAGGGCCACCGCGAAUGGCUGACGGAGGUCAACUUUCUCGGUCAGCUCCGCCAUCCCAAUCUCGUGAAAUUGAUUGGAUAUUGUUGCGAGGACGAUCACAGAUUGCUUGUUUACGAGUUCAUGUUUCGAGGGAGCCUUGAGAAUCACUUGUUCCGGAAGGCAACUGUUCCAUUGUCGUGGGGAACGAGGAUGAUGAUUGCUCUGGGAGCUGCCAAGGGACUUGCUUUUCUUCACAAUGCUGAAAGGCCAGUUAUUUACCGGGACUUCAAGACUUCUAAUAUCUUGUUGGACUCUGAUUAUGCUGCCAAGCUCUCUGAUUUUGGGCUUGCUAAAGCUGGACCCCAAGGGGAUGAAACCCAUGUAUCAACUCGGGUUAUGGGUACCUACGGAUAUGCAGCCCCUGAAUAUGUAAUGACUGGCCACCUGACUGCCAGGAGUGAUGUAUACAGCUUUGGAGUCGUUCUCCUUGAGCUUUUGACUGGAAGGAGAUCUGUUGACAAGACGAGACCGAGCAAGGAGCAGAACUUGGUAGAUUGGGCACGGCCGAAACUGAACGACAAGAGAAAGUUGCUACAAAUAAUUGACCCUAGGCUGGAUAAUCAGUACUCAGUUAGGGCAGCGCAGAAAGCCUGCAGCUUGGCAUACUAUUGUCUCAGCCAAAACCCCAAAGCAAGGCCCUUAAUGAGUGAUGUAGUAGAAACUCUAGAGCCUCUACAAAGUUGUAACGAACCAAGUGAAUCGUCAACAGGUGGACCAUUUGCGAUGAGCAGAAUCCCUGAGUAUCGAAUGCGUCACAGGUUUCCUAACAAUGUAGGUCCAGGCGCUGUUUGUCGAUCUCCCAACCCAAACUAUUCGCCAGGAGGUCCUGCAGCAUGCAGAGUUAGAUGAGAAUGUCAUCUAUAUGUAUACUUGUUUGUACUUUGUAUGCGUUAUCCCUCAACCUUUUUUUGCAAUGACAGAAUUUGCUUGUUAAAUUAUGGAUGCAUAUGUCAUUGUUUUCCAUAUACAUAGGGUUGCCGUGUUCCUCUA